GUUGAAAAUUUCUUAAUUGUCUAAGUACGGUAUCUUUCAUUGUUCAACCGCUUAGUCGUGCUCUUUUCACUUCAUUGCAAACCCAAACCCAAAACUCGAACCCAAGCAUGUCGGCCACUACCACUGGAGUGAUCCACAUCUACAUCGACAACUCCAAUCUGUGGAUCCAAGGGCAGAAGACAUACGCCGAGAAAAAAGCUCUCGAGGUUGAGUGGGACCCGACGUGGCGAUUCGACGUUGGUCGUCUGAAGGCCAUCCUCACUGAAAACUCUGGGCUACAAGCCGACGAGAAAGAGUUCGAUGUUAAGGUCAACUUGUACGGAUCCACCCCUCCCCCCGUGGAUACGGUCUGGAGAGCGAUUGAGUCCCACAACGUGAAUGUGAGCACGUUCGCAAGAAGUUCGUGGACUGGGCGCGAAAAGCAAGUGGACUCAAAAAUAAACGUCGACUCCGUUGCCGAAGCGGCUAAGGCGUACUAUCGCCAGAUUCCCAGUGCGUUCAUGAUUGUCUCAGGUGAUAGAGACUUGCUCUCGGCGGUGUCGAAAAUCACGACGGAAUACGAGUUUCGGGUGCAUGUGUGGUCGUGGAAGAAUGGCCUUGCCGGUGUAUAUACGCAGCAGCAGGAAGACAAGCUUAUCCGAGUGCACUUGCUUGACGACUAUCUCGAGAAAAUCGGCUUCCGCGAAACCACGUUCCGCGUCGAUCGGAAUACCAUCAGCCCCCACAGCAUCGUUGUUCUCGAUCCGACGCCCAAGGCCACUGAGAUCCAAGAGUUUCUUUCACGUCUGAGAAUUCCAGUCUACCGGUACGUCUGCGCCAAGAAACGCGCUGACGCGUCUAGCGAAGACCUCGUCAUUAUACCUGCGCACACGAAGAGAAUGAGCUUCGAUGACCUGGUCAAUUUGUUUGAGGAAGCUAAGGCGCAGCUCGAAACUCAUGGGCUGAGCGUGUUCACUUACAUGGAGUACUCCCAGCAGUAUAUUGGGGACUCUAGAGACGAACUGGGGAUUUCCAAUAGAUUCAAAGAGCUGCCAGAAGACGACGGCGAGAAUGACGACAAGGAUGACGAAGAAGAUGACGGCGAAAAUGACAACGACGACGACGACGACGACGACAACGACUCCUUCAUUGAGGUUAAUCGUCGUUCAAAGCAACAAAAGAGCCGUUUGAAGAAGGACGAGCAAAAGUCUCGCAGCCGAUGCAUCUGGCGAAAAUACUGCAAGAGCGAACUCAACUGCAAGUAUGGUCACACCAAGGAGGAGGAGGAUUACUUGAGGGUCUACGGCCACAAGACGGCGAGGAAACACAGGCGCUGCCAGGACAAAGAUUGCUUUCGGGGAAGUCGUUGCAACUUUGCCCAUGGCGAGGCGGAGCUGUUUUGUCCCACUUGCGGCAAGACGGGGGCGGGGCACGCAAUGGGGGAGUGCCCUGAGAGAUGGCAAUAGUGCAUGUCAGCUGGCCUAGGGACGUUGUGUGCGGAUCUUUGCAGCAAGCUGAAAGUGUUAGGGCUAGGAAGGCAAGGCUUCAAUAUGAAUUGCCAAUUUGACCUGUGGUCUUCGGUUUCGGAGUCGUUGGUGAGCGUGUCAAAACUGGGAUACUUGUCGUCAACGAGGUGUCUGACGAUUUGCGCCGUGAUCUCAGGCGGAAGUGAAAUAACGCGCGACAUUUGGCUUGGUAGGCGGCUGGCGUUUGGAGCGAAUAAAGCAAUCUCGCCUGAUCAACUAAAUCAGUCUCUAAUCAAUACAGGUUAUGAUCAAAAUGCCGCCGGCGUGAUGAUGCGGACGAGAUACGUCUUUUGUAGGCAAUUUUUGGCAGCUGCUAAAGCUCCGCCGGUAAUUAAACGGAGUACCAC